UAAAGGCGAAGUCUCUCUAUCUCAAACUAAGUGGCUUCCUUCCACAUUCCAUCAAUCCCUCUCUCAAUAUAUAUAAAUGUUGGUUCCAUUGAGAGUUUUAUAAUUCUAUUCUCGCCUUUUCUUUUCUCUUCUCUCCAAGCCUAAGAAAUUAAAUAGAGGAAACUUUUCUAAAUAAUGGGAAGGCAACCAUGUUGUGAUAAAAUUGGGUUGAAGAAAGGGCCAUGGACUGCUGAAGAAGACAAGAAGCUCAUCAAUUUCAUACUCACCAAUGGCCAAUGCUGUUGGAGGGCUGUCCCUAAACUGGCAGGAUUGUUGAGAUGUGGGAAGAGCUGUAGGUUGAGAUGGACAAAUUACUUAAGGCCAGAUUUAAAGAGAGGCCUUUUGUCUGAAUAUGAAGAGAAAAUGGUCAUUGAUCUUCAUUCUCAACUAGGCAACAGAUGGUCAAAAAUUGCUUCACAUCUUCCAGGAAGAACAGAUAAUGAGAUAAAAAACCACUGGAACACUCACAUAAAGAAGAAACUAAAAAAAAUGGGAAUAGACCCUCAAACUCACAAGUCUAUUUCUCAGUCUUCUGAUAACACCCAUUUGUCUGACAAGGACAAAAAACAAUCAUCACAAACUCCAUCACCACCAAAAGAGCAUAAGAAAGAGGCAGCAGGGUCCGAAACCGAGAUAAUAGAAACGAACAUAUCAGACUUGAUUAUGGAUGGGUUUUGCACAGAAGAAGUUCCUCUAGUUGAGCCACAUGAAAUUCUAGUCCCUUGCGCUUCUUCAUCUUCAACAACCUCAACUUCUUAUUCUUCUUCAUCUUCCUAUUCUUAUUCUUCAUUUUCAUCAAAUUCAGAAUCAGCAGCCAAUUUGCUUCAAGAUUUGAUGAAUGAGUUUCCUGAGUUUGAGUGGCCAAAUAUUUGUGAAGAAAAUGGCAUAGUGGAGGAAGGGCUUUUGGAAGAUGAUUUUGGUAGUAGUUGGGAUUUUGUUGUUAAUAAUUAUGAGGGAGGUAAUGCCAAUAAUAUUGGGAAUGAUCCAUUUGUUGGUUUGGAAUUGGAUAAUUCUCAGUCUUGGGUUUAUGGGUUGUAAUGAAUCAUGCACAUCAUGUCAUGUCAAACUUUAUAUUAUGUAUUCAAAUUAUAUAUCUCGUAAUUAAUCAUAUAUAUUAUGUAAUAUA